AUGUUUCGAUUCGCUGUGUUGGUUUUCAGUGUUCAGGCUUGUCUGAUUCAGACUGCCAUGAGCCAAGUGUGCGGAUGCAACCAGUACGGCGGCAAGGGCACCGGACAGGUGGGCGUGUCCGGCGCCGUCGACGCGUGCGGCAACACCUGCGUGCAGGGAUCCGUGCCCGUGCUCGGCGCCGUCGACUUCGGCGGAUGCGUGCCCGCCUGCGGAUCCGUGUCCAUCACUGGGCAGUGUGCUUGCGGCUGCGAUGGUGAUCAGAUAUUGCCUGCAUCCACAUAUACCAGUAUCCCGUCAGCCAGAAGCAUCGGCAAUGCUGCAGCAGUACAGCAGAGCUCCAUCAGCAGAACUUCAAGCUCAAGUGCCAUUAACAGCCAAAUUAUCACAUCAAGCGGCAAAAUUUCAAGCCCCAGUGUGAACACUCUAAACUCUUUGUCCGGGGUGUACGGCGGAUCCGGAUCCGGACAGGUGGCCGCGUCCGGGGAGGUGGUCGCGUCCGGAUCCACGUGUGUGGAGGGCGCGGUGCCCGUGCGAGGCUCUGUGGGCUUCAGCGGCUGCUCGCCCACCAGUGGGAGUGUCACUAUUAAUGCGCAGUGUGCGUGCGGUUGCGAUGUAGUUUGAGAGUGAAACGUUUUUGAUAU